AUGGCGCCAAGUGCUCCAAUUGCUGACCUCGUGAACCGGCUCAAGGAGCUUGGGAUCCCGGAGAAGUCUGCUAGAUAUGCUCUACAGGUGCGCAGUGCGAAAGCGCGCGAGCAGGGCGAUUCUGCGGCGGGGAUGAAUAGGGUGGUGCGGAAAAAGAUCUUCUCAGGGAAUGCGGGCAGAGACGAGGCAUCUGACUUGAUCAUGGGCGCUCUCAACGGGAGUACCAAGAAGACUUCCAUCUCGUCGGAUAAGAAACCGGCGGCGGGAGCGAUCGGUAUGCUCGGACUCCGCGCGGCGGCAGCGGCAUCGGGCUCGGCGCCAGCUGUUGCCGAGGCGAAACCCAUCCACAAAUCCCAACCUGUUGGCGGCAACAAGGUGUCUACCGGACGUCGCUCGCCUAGUCCAUUCUUCCGGGCCAGGAGAUCGAGGGAUGACGCGCGAAAGAGGGACACAUCACCCGAAGUAGGGGCGCUGUCAAAGGACAAGGAGGCCGAGUCGGACGGGGAGUCGGUCAAGGCGCCGAUGCAGCCUUUCAGGCCGCAGGCGAGCGCGUACGAGACGGACGAUAGCGGAUCGGAGGAUGAGCACGAUACGGCGGCAUUGACGGAUGGGGAGGAGGAUGAUGCGGAGGAGGAAGAGCUGUGGAAUGAGGAUGGGGAAUUCUUUGACGAGGAGACAAGCAAAAACACCACGGCGAAUGCGGUUUACUUCGAGGGAGAUGCGUCUGGGGUGGGAGGUGGAGGACCUGCGCCGGGGGAGAAAGCGGCGGGAGCUGGGACAGGGGAGGUCGGAGUGGUGGAUACUCUCGACAACUACGGAGAGGAAACGGAGCAGGAUCUCCUCGGCGAAGGACCCAAUGUCGUCGUUCCCCCUCAACCCCUCUUUCAAUCCACCUACUUUCAACAACCCGCCAAGAAGGAAACGACCAAGUCGGGGCUUUCGCUCGAAACUUCUCGCCCGAUCUACGCUCGGGAUCGGUGCACUAUCACACUCACGCACGGGUCGCCGGACGACGCGCUCGAGGAGAGCGGGAAGCGGUUGCGGCGGUAUGUCGUCCUCAGCGAUUUGAGUGAGGAGAGCAGGUAUGCGGUAGAAUGGGCGGUAGGGACGGUCGCGAGGGAUGGAGACGAGCUGUUUUUGAUCUCGGUCAAGGAGGACGAGAGCAAGGUGGACCCAAAAUCCUGGUCAGAAUCGGACCGGGCACAAAAGCUACGGGUGCAGAAAGAACGUCAAACGACAUGCCUUCUGCUCACUCGGCAAGUGACGGGCCUGCUCCAGCGGACUCGGCUUAACAUUACCGUUACUUGUCAGUUCUUGCACGCCAAGAAUUCGAGGCAUAUGCUGCUGGAUCUGAUCGACUUUUUGGAGCCAACGAUGUGCAUCGUGGGGUCUCGUGGUCUGGGCAAGCUCAAGGGUAUCCUACUAGGAUCUACCAGUCACUAUCUCGUACAAAAGUCUUCCGUUCCCAUCAUGGUUGCUCGUCGCCGACUCCAGCGUCCCCUCCGGCGUACGAACCCCGCCGACCUGCGCCACGCCGCUCGAACAUCGCUCGCUGCGGCCAGUAUCGAAAAGACGGCCAGCAGCAAGCAAGAGGACGAGAUUGUCGAUGUGGCGGAUACGGAGAAGGAUGAGGCGGGAAAUAGUCCGCAGCGAAAGCUGUCUGCGCCUUAG